AUGUAUGAAGGAUCCGCUUCCCCUCAGGGCGCUGGGGGUGGCGGCAGUCUGCAUGAGGGUCACCAGGCAGGUACUCAGGGAGCCCCUUCUGAGGGUGCACCCGAGCCGAGUGUAUGGACUCCUGACGGAGGAACAGAGCCUGCGGAUCCACCAGCAGAUCCUGGGAAUGCUCCGUCCUCCUGCGCGGGGGGCGAAAGUGGGACUGGAGUGUCUGUGCACCCAGAAUCUGGAGGCAGACAGGCGGAUUAUGACAGACACAGGAAUGGAAGUUCAGAAGACAACGGAGAGCAACUAAGUUUCUUUGUUGGUGGCCUGCAUCCGGAGGUUAGCCGAGAGGAGCUCCUGGAGUAUCUUUCGGGGUUUGUCACAGUAGACGAGAUCGACAUUAAAAUGGAUGCCGCCACAGGGAAGAACAGAGGAUACGCUUUCAUAUCAGUUCGUCCGUCUUCGAACACGGAAGCUUUCUUAAACGCACAGCACAUCAUCAGGGAGAAACAAGUUGACAUCAGGGAGUUAAGCAGCAAACCGGCUCCAGAGAGGCAAACGGAAAGGCUUCCUGAGAGGCGUCUGAGCUGCAGCAGCGCGAACAGGCACAAAAUAUUCAUUGGAGGCAUUACCUCUUCAGUCACGGAAGAAGUUUUGCAGCAGCACUUCGAGCAAUUUGGGUCGAUUGAGAAAACGACCAUAAUCCGAGAUGGCUCAGGAAAGAGCCGAGGAUUUGGUUUCGUGCAGUUCACCUCCGUUGAUUCAGUCGCGAUUGCAGUUGGCGCUUCGCCUCACCAACUGGACGCUGACAAUAGAGUGGAUGCUCAACCAGCCCAGGACAGGGGAGCUCGCAGGCUGCCGGGAGGCCGCUAUGCUACCUCUCCUUACUACGACCAGGGUUACUACAACUACGGCAACUAUGGGGGCGCAGCUGGACCGUACGGUUAUCACGCUGCGGCCGCUGCUGCUUAUUCCCCCAUGUACACCCCAAAUCCUUACGGGGCCUACGGGAGCUAUGGAGGCUAUUACGGAGGAGGCUACGGAGACGCCUACGGAUGCGCUGAAGGUGGCUACGGGGCCGUCCGAAGGGGGGAUGAGGGACAGUCUGGAGGGGCAUCCCGCUCAGCCCGAGGUGCUCCAUACUGA